UGUAAAACUGCCUUUCUCUAUCUCUAUUUGUCUUAUCUUUCAACUUCAAGUUUUCUUCCACUCCUUCAAUUCUUCUCCUGAAGAAAUUAAGCAUUAAUAAUGGCAGCCUGCUUAUGCCAAACAAGUGCAACCCUCGACGAAGAUGCAAUGGUACUCUUUUCAACCUCUAACUCACCACAAGGUUCAAACAGCCCCUCCUCUUCUUCAUUCUACCAUUCAUCACCUCAAUCACAUCAAUCCCAACCCACUUACAAGCUAAAGGUAAGGAAUCUGUCCUAUUCAAUUCAUCACCAAAGCUCAAUUGGAGUGAAGAAGCCUAAGCACAUCAACAUACUCAACUCUGUUUCUUUCACUGCUAGGAGUUCAGAGAUCCUUGCAGUUGUUGGCCCAAGUGGUGCAGGGAAGUCCACUCUUCUCCAGAUCAUCUCUGGUCGGGUUAGUGAGAGCCAAUUUGAUCCGAAAAGUCUCUCUCUUAAUGAUCAGUACAUAACUAGUCCAACUCAGUUGCGAAGGAUAUGCGGGUUCAUCAGGCAAGAGGAUAAUCUGCUUCCCCUGCUCACUGUUAAGGAGACAUUGAUGUUCAGUGCCAAGUUUAGGCUUAGAGGGCUGAAUUCAAAAGAGCAAGAACAGAGGGUUGAGUACCUAAUGCAAGAACUGGGAAUCCUUCAUGUUGCAGAUAGCUUUGUUGGAGAUGAAGAAACCAGAGGAAUAUCCGGUGGUGAAAGGAAACGUGUAUCAAUAGGGGUUGAAGUGAUUCAUGACCCACCGAUUUUACUGCUAGACGAACCCACUUCAGGCCUUGACAGCACAUCGGCAUAUCAAGUGAUUGAGCUGCUUUCUUCCAUGGCAAAAGCAAAGCAGAGAACUGUCAUUCUAAGUAUCCAUCAACCUAGUUAUAGAGUUCUUAGAUAUAUCUCUGAAUUCUUGAUUCUCUCUCGUGGUUCAGUUGUCCACAGUGGUAGCCUAGAAUUUCUCGAAGAAGUCAUUAACCAAACAGGAUACAAAAUCCCUGAUCAACUAAACCCUUUAGAAUUUGCCAUGGAGAUUAUCACCCCCUUGGAAAAUUCAAAUCACAGAAGUUUCAUGACUGCUGAAGAAGACAAGGUACCAUCUUCUUACUUAAUGUGGCCAGAAGAAUCUGAUAUUCAACCAACAUUUGAUGAUAGGGAAAUAAGUUGUUGCAAUUAUUGGAUACUGCUUGAGGUACUCUCUCUUUGUCUGAGAUUUUGCAAAAUUAUUUAUAGAACCAAACAGUUAUUCUUGGCAAGAACAAUGCAGGCACUAAUUGGUGGUUUUGGGUUGGGUAGUGUUUUUUUAAAGUUGAAUAGAGAUGAAGGUGGAGUUGCUGAGAGGUUAGGUCUGUUUGCUUUCAGUCUUAGCUUUCUCCUAUCUUCCACAGUUGAAGCAUUACCCAUAUACUUGCAAGAACGGAGUGUUUUAAUGAAGGAAGCUUCAAGGGGCGCUUAUAGGAUUUCCUCCUACAUGAUUGCCAACACCAUCAUCUUUGUGCCCUUCUUGCUUGCAGUUGCUGUUCUUUUUGCUGUGCCUGUUUACUGGCUUGUUGGACUCAAUCCUACCUUUAGUGCUUUCGCAUUCUUCAUUUUCAUAGUUUGGCUGAUUGUCUUAAUGGCGAGUUCCUUAGUACUCUUUCUAAGUGCUGUAUCUCCAGACUUCAUCUCUGGUAAUUCUCUCAUAUGCACUGUUCUUGGAGCCUUCUUCCUUUUCUCUGGAUAUUUCAUUCCCAAGGAGAGCAUCCCAAAAUAUUGGUUAUUCAUGUACUAUGUUUCCCUCUACAAGUAUCCCUUGGAUGCCCUACUCAUCAAUGAAUACUGGAGCAUUAGAGAAGACUGUUUUUCUACGCAAGCGCAAGACAAUUCAAAGUGUUUGCUCACAGGAAGAGAUGUUCUGAGGAGUAGAGGAUUAGAUAAGGAUACUAGAUGGAUGAAUGUGGGAAUCAUGUUUGGCUUUUUCUUGUUUUAUCGUGUGCUCUGUUGGAUUGUCCUUAGCCGUAGGGCUGCAAAAACAAUGCUCUAGCCAUGGUUUUUAUGACGAUUAAUGAUCAUAAAUGUGUUGAUAUAGUCCUUAAGAACUGAUGUGUAGGUUUUCACAUUAUCAUCAAAUAAGUUCCUAAACCCAGAAAUAAAAAGCCUUUCUAACCAAUCUUUGUUC